AUGGUGAAAGUUAAAGCAUACGAGCUUAGAAAGAAGGACCAAGAAGCGCUAAAGAAACAGCUUGAAGAACUUAAAACAGAGCUUUCACACUUAAAAGUUGCAAAAGUUGCUGGUGGUGCACCAUCCAAACUGUCUAAAAUAAAAGUAUUCAGAAAAGAUGUGGCAAAAGUCCUAACCAUUAUCCAUGAAAAGAAAAGAGAUCAAAUAAAAGCUGACAGUAAAGGCAAAAAGUAUUUACCAUACGAUAUCAGACAUAAAUUGACAAGAGCGAUCAGAUUAAGACUAACAAAAGAGCAAGCCAAAAAACUCCCACUGAGGAUUUUGAAGAAGAAAUUAAACUUCCCAAAAAGAAAAUUUGCAGUCGCUAAUUAA